UCCUCCUCCUCCACAAACCCCUCUCCAUCCCAAAAAUAAAAAUAACUGACACUUCAUCAUUUAACUGAACCUAGUUAUUAUUUAACCAAUUUCCCAUCUUCAUUAUAACUAUUAUUAUUAUUAUUUCUUUUUCUUUCUUACAAAAUUUUCAGCUCUAGAACUAGAACUAGAGAAGAAGAAUAAACCAAGGAACAAAUCUGCAUCUUCUCUUCUCUCUUCCUCCUCACAAAACAAAACUAUAGAUCUAUCUUCCUAACCCUAACUCUGCAACUCUCUCAUUUUCUCUCUUCAUGAAGCCUCCCUGGUUGUGAUUUUCCAUUUUUCUUGGUUGUGCGUAAAAUAGUUGAGAUUAGUUUAUACGCGGUGAAUGAGAAUGAUGGAUGCAGCUGAAGUUGAAGAAAAUCUGUUUGCUGCUAGUGAUGCCAAGUUACAUGGACAAAUGUGCAAGGCUCUUUCUAUAAUAUAUUGCAAAGUGUUGUCGAUAUUUCCUUCCGUAGAAGCGGCGAGGCCUCGGAGUAAAACUGGAAUUCAGGCACUGUGUUCGUUACACGUAGCUUUAGAGAAAGCUAAGACUGUUCUUCAACACUGCUCAGAAUGCAGUAAACUUUAUUUGGCUAUAACUGGGGAUUCUGUUCUUCUAAAAUUUGAGAAGGCUAAAUGUGCGCUUGAAGAUAGUCUUAGACGGGUCGAAGAUAUUGUUCCACAAUCUAUUGGGUGUCAGGUUCAGGAGAUUGUGAAUGAAUUUGAGUGUGUGGAAUUUGCACUUGAUCCAUCAGAGAAGCAAGUUGGCGAUGAUUUGAUUGCAUUGCUCCAGCAGGGGAGAAAGUUUAAUGACUCUAAUGAAAGUAAUGAGCUUGAAUCUUUUCACCAGGCUGCUACAAGACUUGGAAUCACAUCUUCAAGAGCAGCUCUUACCGAAAGAAGGGCUCUCAAGAAACUUCUAGAAAAGGCUCGGUCUGAGGAAGACAAGCGGAAGGAAUCAAUUGUUGCAUAUCUUUUUCAUCUUAUGAGGAAAUACUCGAAGUUAUUUAGAAACGAGUUCUCAGAUGACAAUGAUUCUCAAGGUUCUGCACCUUGUUCUCCCACUGUUCAAGGAUCUAUUGAGGACGGUGUUCCUGGUGGUCAUGGCCAGGCUUUUGACAGACAAUUUUCAAAACUUAGUUCCUUUAACUUCAAGGCAGAUAAUAAUAGGGAAUCAGGGCAGAUGCCUUUUCCACCUGAAGAGUUAAGGUGUCCAAUAUCUCUGCAACUCAUGUAUGAUCCUGUUAUCAUUGCUUCUGGGCAAACUUAUGAAAGGGUUUGCAUAGAGAAAUGGUUCAGUGAUGGGCAUAACACGUGCCCAAAGACCCAACAAAAACUUCAACAUCUUUGUUUGACUCCUAAUUACUGUGUUAAGGGUCUUGUUGCUAGUUGGUGUGAACAAAAUGGUGUUCCUAUUCCUGAAGGGCCUCCUGAAUCUCUUGAUCUUAACUACUGGAGAUUAGUAUUAUCCGGGUCUGAAUCUACAAAUUCAAGAUCUGUAAAUAGUGUCAACUCUUACAAGUCGAAAGGUGUCAAAGUGGUUCCUCUAGAAGAGAGUGGUAUCUUAGAGGAAUCUGGGGGAAAUGGAACUGAAAUUGUGUCUGCACAAGAGGAAGAUACUGAGCAGCAGUAUUUUAGUUUUCUAAAAGUCUUGACUCGGGGGAACAAUUGGAAGAGGAAAUGUGAAGUGGUGGAACAGUUAAGGUUGUUGCUGAGGGAUGAUGAGGAAGCCAGGAUUUUUAUGGGAGCUAAUGGGUUUGUUGAAGCCCUUUUGCAGUUCUUACAAUCAGCUGUGCAUGAAGGAAACUUGAUGGCUCAGGAAAUUGGAGCAAUGGCUCUCUUCAACCUUGCUGUGAAUAACAACGGGAAUAAGGAAAUGAUGUUAUCAGCUGGAGUAUUGCCAGUGUUGGAGGAAAUGAUUUCUAACACUAGUUCUUAUGGUUCUGCAACCGCUCUAUAUCUGAAUCUCUCUUGCCUUGAAGAAGCCAAGCCUAUGAUUGGUACGAGUCAGGCUGUACAGUUCCUCACCCAGCUUCUUCAAUCUGACUCUGAUAUUCAAUGCAAGCAAGAUUCUCUCCAUGCUCUCUAUAACCUUUCUACCGUGUCUACCAAUAUCCCAUACCUCCUUUCAUCCGGCAUUAUCAAUGGCCUGCAAUCCCUUCUUGUAGAUCAGGGUGAUUGCGUGUGGACAGAAAAAUGCAUAGCUGUUCUGAUAAACUUAGCUACUUCUCAAGCUGGAAGGGAGGAAAUGGUAUCAGCUCCUGGACUCAUCAGCGCAUUGGCUUCCAUAUUGGACAUUGGUGAGCUCAUAGUGCAGGAGCAAGCAGCCUCUUGUCUUCUUAUUUUGUGCAACAGAAGCGAGAAAUGUUGCGAGAUGGUCCUGCAAGAAGGGGUUAUCCCUGCACUGGUGUCAAUAUCAGUGAAUGGGACCCCAAGAGGAAGGGAGAAAGCUCAGAAACUCUUGAUGCUUUUCCGGGAGCAGCGACAACGAGACCAUUCGCCAGUCGAGACUCAUCAGUCCCCACCUGAAACUGGUGAUUUGUCUGUGCCGCCUGCUGAGAUGAAACCGUUAUGCAAGUCCAUGUCUAGAAGAAAGACAAUGAAAGGUUUUGGCUUUUUCUGGAAAACCAAGAGCUAUUCUGUUUACCAGUGUUAAGUCUCAUGGUUGUAAAUCUCUCUCUCCCUCUCUCUCAGCAUCUUUACAUUUAUGACCAUGCUUUUGUCCUCCUCCUCUCUCUUUUCCCGUGGGUGCUACUUACCUUUUUUGGUUUACAAAGCGAAGAAGAAAUGUACAGGCCUUUGUAAUUUAUGGAUUUUGUUUUUCUUCUUUCGCUUUCCUCCUUGUAAUAUCAAUCUCUCCAAAGUGUUAUCUUUUCCUUUCUUUUUCACGGAAAGAGUGAGGAUUUUUGAGGUUAUAGUAAAUGUGAAUUAUGUUCA